AUGCUUGGAAAAAAAAAGGGGGAAUGUGGGGGAACUGCAGUCAUAUCAUCAGAUCGAGAAAACAAAAGUCUUAAGAUGUCAAAUCAACAUAGUCAUCCAGUAAAACCAUACAACUUGGAUGUUCCAUUCCUUCGACAACACAUUACAGAAAAGGCUUUAAUAAAAACUGUAAAUUCAUAUGUGCCUCGUGGUAUAUACAUGGAAUCGAUUGUGAAUUUUCCAGAAGCUGCAAAUAAUUAUACCUUCGUUCAGUGUGCAGAAAGAAUGAGGCGAUUGCGACAAGGAAUGUUCCCAGCAACACCUCAAAAUAUUUUAGAGUUCCACAAUUUGCUUAGCAAUGAUGAAAACCAAAUGUUUACACUAACAUUACAAAAAUUACAAUUUUAUCAAGGCCCAUUGGUUGUGAAUGGAGUUAUUAAAGGUGUCCUGUUUUGCAACAUAGCUCAUAUACAGAAAAUCAAACAAAAUUUAAGAAAUGUCCGUGUAGCGGGUUGUGACGGGACAUUCAAAACUGUACCAAAAUUUUUGGAUAAUGAUGCUUAUCAGAUAUUUUCAUUCCAUAUCCUGUUCAAAAACGUUAGCUUCCCACUAGUUCAUGCUAUCCUCACAGGCAAAACACAGGAUAUUUACAUACAACUUCUGAGGUACGUCAGAAGUGUGUUACCAUUGAAUUAUGCCGAUUUAAUCAUAAUAACAGAUUAUGAGUAUGGGCUAAUUAAUGCUGCAAAAAUAGUAUUUCCGGAGAGCAAAACCCAAGGAUGUUAUUUUCAUUUUUGCCAGAUGAUGAAUAGCUUAAAUGAAUUUUGGCAGUACGCCAGUACUAGAAUACCUAGUAGGAUAUUAUAA